CGCUCAGUAACCACCCAGCCGCGAGGGAGGAUGCACGCAUGCGCUCCUUCGUCACCUUCCGCUAACACACACUCACGGAACACUUGACACUGAAUUCUCUUGUGUUGUGAUGGAUAUACAGUGGUAGUGUGUGGUGUGGUGGAGGGUUGAGGAGGUGUGUUGAGUGCGUGGGGGGCGGGGAUUAUUGGUGGUUAAACAGUUGAAAUUGAAAGAAAAAAAUUUGGUGUGGGAGUGACUGACUAACUAACAGACUCACUUCUCUUCAGAUCUCCUACUCCCAUUCUCACCGUCGGGCUGGCGUCACUCUGACUGUCGGGGGAGGAGACCAACACACACACGCACGCACACUUGAGAUUCAACGAAACGUCUAUAUUUUACGGAAUUUUUCUAAGAUGGUGCGGGCAAGUAUUCCUUAUGAAGAAACCACGAAACUUGACCCGUUGGAACACCCGGUACUGUAAAGUAUGAAAACAAUUGAAAACGUUUAGAAAAAAUACAUUGAGUGUGUUAGACGUAAGUGAAUAAAAGAUAAAUGAAAGAAAAUAAAAUAAACGUUGAUGUGAACUAAAUAACAAAGGCACCAAAACUAAAAAAAUCACAUUAGAUAGAACAAAACUAGUGAAAAAUAGAGUUAAUUGGAAGAGACAUCAUCAAAACACUACAGAGAGAUAGAGAUAAGAGAAGACCUUUGUUAUCUCUUGUUCGUCGUGAGAGAGAGAUUCAAGGACACACCACACGACCACCAUGCCUUCAGGAGAGGUGAUUACAGUGUCCCCGCCCACGUCUAGCGGUGUGGGCGUGGUGGGCGGGGAGGAGGACAAGAAGGCAGUGUAUAAUGAUGAAGAGUAUGAUGAAGACUUGGCCCAGCUAGACAUGUUACUUCACUAUGUCAACAACCUGUCUGCCUCCCUCGAGUUUCUGGCCUGGGAGAACAAACGCAUAUCGACAGACCUGGUGCCGACGCUGCUUAACAUGUACGAUGCUCUCUACGCCAGGCUGAACGAAGGCACUGAUAUACCCCCACCUAAAGCGCCUGACGGAGGAGGAGGGGGUGAUGGAGGAGGAGGAGGAGGUACUGGUGGAGGUGGAGGAGUCAGUGAGGAGAAAACUGGUACUUUACUGGGACUUCAUAAUAGCAAUUUAGAUUUAAGAAAAGUCUAUCAGGAAGACACACUAUCAACCAAAGAAAAUGCAAAUAGUGGUGCUAUAGAAAACGGAUUUAAAAGUGUCAAAGAAAACGGUUAUCAAAGUGUCAAAGAAAAUGGGUUAUUAGCAGGGCAGACUUCGACAAAACGCCAAGAGAGGUUAUUUAUCGAAGAGAAUGACUUAGACAAUGAGAACCUGGUGAAUAAUAACAUCAAGUGUGAUAAAUGUGGUGUAGGCAGCAGGACACAGAGGGAGAAGUGUAGGUGUAGCGUCAAAGUGAGUCUGGCGGAAUCGAUUACUUCAAUGUUUGAGGAUAUUGAGAGAGGUUUGGACGCCGCCCCUCCACAGGGCUACGAUAACUUGGAUAAGAGAUUACAUAAGAGGGAGCAUAUCUACGCCGAGCCUCAGUUCCUCAUAAAACCUAAGGCGGCUCCACAGUGCUCUACUUCCACUUCAACCUCCAACUCAACCUCCACCUCCAACUUAACCUCCACCUCCAACUCAACCUCCACCUCCAACACCUCGUCCUCGGUAAAUAAGAACACUCCUUCACCCUCAGUCGGCUUUGACCCUCGUAAGUUCAAGGAUGUCUACCGCCCCUUGUCCUCGAUAUCAUCCUCGUCCUCGUCUUCCUCGUCAUCUAACUCACUCCCUCGAGGCCCCACGGGAGUCACGACCUCGUACUUGGCCUCGGCGGAGAGCCUCGAGGACAACGACGCUGACCACUCGGAUACGGAAGAGACCACGAGAAGACGAGACCGAACCAUCAAGUCGAGACGGGAGAAGGCACAGCGUACAGGAUGUGUCUUCCUGCCUCCUGAUAUUGACUUCACUUCAGAACUUUCAGGGUCUGGUGAUAGCGGGGUCCAGUGUAACAGCAUCAGCCUACCUGCCCCUCCUGCCCUACGCCCCCGUUACUAUGACCCGAACCUUGAUUACAUGGACCGCAUCGUCUUGGAGAUAGUGGAGACUGAGGCGAUUUACGUGAGAGAUCUCCGCGAGAUUAUUGAGGGCUAUCUGGAGUAUUGGCGACGACACUCCGAGUCUGGCAUCUCACAGCGACAAGUAGACGAUCUCUUCUCCAACAUCGAGCAGAUCUACGCCUUCAACAGAGGCUUCUUGUCUGAACUGGAGGCUUGUGGGGUGGACCCAGUCAAAGUUGCUCGCUGCUUCGUGCGCAACAACAACGGUUUUGCCAUCUACACUCAGUACUGCACCAAUUAUCCCAGAACGGUGUGUGUACUGACGGAACUAAUGCGUGGCGAGGCUUCGGUCAGAGCCUUCCGAGAGCGGCAGCUUGCCCUGAGUCACACCUUGCCUCUAGGCUCAUACCUACUGAAGCCGGUACAGCGCAUUCUCAAGUAUCAUUUACUUCUCGGCAACAUCAUAAAACAUUUUGAGAAGGAACGGAGUGGAUACUCAGAGAUCUGGAAUGCCCAUUCAGCAAUGACUGGAAUGGCUCAUCACAUCAACGAUAUGAAGAGACGACAUGAACAUGCUGUAAGGGUACAAGAAAUACAGUCUCUACUCUAUGGCUGGCAGUUUGAGGACUUGACCACUUAUGGGGAGUUGGCAGCAGAGGGCACCUUCAGGAUGUGUGGAGCAAAGGGCCUCAGACAUAUCUUCCUCUUUGAAAAAAUGAUCCUCAUCGCAAAGAAGAAGGAAGAGAAUAUUUUAAUGUAUAAAACCCACAUUAUGUGUUCCAACUUGAUGCUGAUCGAGUCAGUUCCCGGUGAACCUCUCAGUUUCCAUGUCAUCCCCUUUGAUAAUCCAAGACUCCAGUAUACUCUUGAGGCACGUAAUCUGGAGCAAAAACGGGAAUGGACGUUGCAGCUGAAGCGGGUCAUCCUGGAGAACUACAGCGCCAACAUCCCCGCACACGCCCGUCAGCUCGUCAUGGAACUUGGCCAGAGUAAACCGGAAGAUAUGCUCAUGACUGAAGGUCGUAGCAGUGGACGCCGUGCCCACCAUGCACCUGAGUACCUGGAGAAGAGAAAAGUUGAUCGCGAUAGACGAAGGUCAUCUGAAGGAGUACUUAACACAAGACUAAGACUCAGGCGUCCCAGCCGGGCUAGAAAGGAGAAAGAGGAGAAGGGAGCUCGCAGUCGCAGUGUGAGUCGCACACGAGACACUGAGGAUGAAGAAAUAGAAAGAAAGAACUCUACAGUUUCUAUCCCUUCAUCUACAGAAAAGCCUAAGUUGAAAAUUUCCAUGUGGGGUCGACGACGUUCUGAACCAGGCAUCGGGAGCAGAGAGUCAUUAACCAUCUGUAACACACCAGAAGACAACAUCCCGGACACCCCACAACCAAGCCUGGGUGAUCCAUCAAGAGACCUCACCUCUACCAGCCAAACAAACCUUCCUACCCCAGAGGUAUCUGUUGACGGUCUGUCAAUGUCUGAGUAUGAGCGUGAGGAUGGCGAAGAUGAAGCAGGUGCGGAAGAGGACACGGAGAAUGGAGAAAAUCUUGAAGAAAUUGUGAGUCAGUUAUUGCAGCACAAUCUACAACUGCAGAAGCUUCUCCUUAGUAAGCAACGUCGCAACCUGACAAGAAAGAAGCCCUUCCACUAUGAGACUUCAGACACAGAAAAUGAGGAUGGUCCGUUCAAGGGGAAUAACUCAUACACAAGUUCAGAUGGUGGUAAUACUCUAAGACAAGAGGAUGUAGGUGAUUAUGUCGACUUUUACUUUAAUGGUAUUAAUGGUGAUGGUCAGAGUGCCAUACAAAAUGAGAGUGCCAAUGUGUCCAGCAGUGAGUGUCAGUCCGUGUACAGUAGUGCUAUUUCAGUUCACCAGCUAAGUGAAAAUAAAUCGUUAUCUUGUGAAAAGAAGUCCAAACCUGUUAGACGGUCCUCAUCAGAUCUAAGUUUCAAAAAGACAGGCAGUAUUAAAAAGGUAAACUCCAAUUAUGAUAAUCUUCUCAACAUUUGGAGUUCCAUAAGAGGCAAAAGUCCAGAGAAGAAACAGAGUAGUAGUAGUAUGCUUCACCAUGCACGACUCUCUCCAGCUCCCUCUCCAACCACCAUGGAGAGACCAAAAUUACGACGAGCUCAGUCAUUCUCGAUCGACAAAUGUCUUAACAAUAUAAAUGAUAAUAUUUAUAUAUCAUCUUCCCAACUCGCACCACAACCAAAUACUGCCCCUGUGUCAAGUGCCAAGACGGGAGACGUUUGGAUACGAGACGAACUCCGUGAAAGUUCACGAGAAAGCCGAGGACGUCCCGUGACCAUAGCCUUUUACAAUACAAACGAGGUUAGCCUGAGUGCCCUGGAGCAAUACUUAAAUCAGCCACGUACUCCCAGACACACACACGAACGCUUCCCCUACGACACGGAGGAUAACCUGACUGACUAUUCGAUGACUCCCCACAUGAGUUUGGACAACAUUCUCAGCAUCCAUCCUGAACAUAAGAUUUACAAACCCUCAAAUAAUAAAUCAACAAUUAAGACAGUCUUCAAUAAAAUCACCAGUCCAAGACACAAAAGUAUAUCAGAACCAUCUGGCUCAGUGUUUAAUUUAUCCAUGGAGAGCGAGCUAGACAAAAGUGUGGAUAAAAAGGCCAGCAAGAUGGUGUACAACAUGGCUAGGCAUUGUUCCAAGACCCUGAAGGAGCGGAUCAAACAGAUAACGGCUGAAGAUGCUGAUAAGACUCCCAACAAAAAGCCUUCCCCAGAAAAUGUAUAUGCUCUGCCCAUUCACAAACAAGGUAGUUCCAGCAUCGGGGCUCGUUUGGCAGGAACGAACGAGCCUUCUGAUUAUGCAGUACCGAGGAUCAGACCCACGGAACAGAAACCUAAAUCAGACCUCAGACCUGACUCGGUUCUGUCCUCUUCUUCUAUCCUCACAUCGUCCUCGUCCUCCUCCUCCUCUUCCAGUCGGGAUACCAAGUUAAUGGAAGGCACUGAAGCCCCUAACAUGGCUAAUGUGGAAGAGGAAAAUGAGGAGAAUCAGGAAUCGCCCUCUUUUGAAAGUGAUGCUUCAGCAGACAGUUAUUAUGAGAGGUCUUUUGAGGCAAUAGAGAAUCUUGAAACUGAAAUCUUCAGAGACAGUGCCAUCUAUAGUGACCCAGAAGAUACAGAGUCACCCCCAGCCAGCCUCUAUCAAGACAAGUCAUCUACUAGUCGCAAUACCAAAUCUACAAUUUCAGUUAGGUCUUCAUCUCGCUUGUCAUCAAAAUCCUCUUUGUCAGGGUCUAUAAAACUCAGCACACAAAGUGAAAUACCAGAUACAGCACAGAAUUUAUGUCAGUCUCCUCUUCUUAAUGGUAGCCAAUUAACAGCUCAUCCAAAUUCCAGUUCUCAAUCUUCCCCUCAACCAAAGAAAGUCCCACCACCAGUUCCUGCUAAACCUGACAGUGUGAAAUCAAAGAAAAACAGAGCCUGUGGGAACUUAAUAAUGCAACAGCUAAAGAAUCUUGAAGAAUGUUCAAGAUUUAAUCGCGAUGACCAAGUUAAUCCCAUAUUUGACGGUAUUAAAACUUUAGACGAUAGACGAAAAGACUUGGAAACAUGUAAAGUUAAACUUGAAGUUGACUGUGAGGCUGAUCCUUCAGCAUCCCCCAGAGGGUCACCUGAAAGAGAGGGCUCAAGCCGUAGGAAUUCCAGAACCCUCAGGUCACCAUCCAUCAUGACCCCAACACCCAUCAUCAAAAGUCCUAUCACACUCUCCCCUCUUAACACUCUGUCUGGUCCUCCUCUUCUUAUUACCAGAUCCUCAUCAGUCCCACCAAGACUAUCUCCAUGUCCUUCACUUACUCCUGAAUCCCCCAAACCUUCUUCUCUUGGAACAGCAAGUCCCUUGGGGAGUGAGAGGGGAUCACCACUACCAUCUUGUGCCAUUAUGAACUGCCAGUCUGAAGGGGAUGAGGGUGAAGAGCCAAGAAUGCCAAGAGGUUGGGUACGACAUGUCAUCGGGAAAUUACAGGCAGAAAGUGAUGUGUAAAUUCAUUUACCUGAAUUUCUAUUAUAAGGUCUGCUGUUUUUAUUGAAACCUUAAGCAUAUGAUUUCAUUCAUUUGUAAAUCAGAAAAAAAGCUGGGAAUGUAACCUCAUUUGGUUGGAUUAUUAAGAUGUGAUGUUGCUCAAUGUAGUAUGUUUGGUUAUCAAAAGGGAAGUUCUUUGAAGCUCAAUAAGGAUUAAUGCCAGCUAUAACAAAAGCCUCCAGGUGUGGACUGUGUAUGUAACUGUCAAGAAUAUGCCUCCAUGCACCAGAGCUAACCAUGAAGAUGAUAAAGAUUAUAAAUAGAAAGGACCUCUGAUAUGAUUUGAUGGAAAAUUAAGCUUUAAAGCUUUUGUGAGUACAGUACAAUAUCAGUUCGUCAAGUUCAUCGGGUUCUGAGAAUUAAUAAUGCUUCCACGUGUGAUUUUGUUCCCAUGGCUUACAGAUGCUACAAGGUAAGAGGCGCAGACCUUCCUGCACAAUUUGUUUUUCAUUCAAACUAGUCAAAGACAAUCUUUGUAAUACAUAAGGUAAUAUUAACUCAGGUCAAAAACUUUUCUGAACAUUACUAUAAACAGGCAAGGAAUAUAAUUUGCUGUAUAAUCAUAGUAACAUCUGCAGAUAAGCUUUCAUUAAAGUUUUUGGCCAAUAUGUAUUAUUUUGUUGGUGCUUUCAGUAUGCAUUAUUGAAUAUUAAUUUCUUAAUUAACUGACAUUUGCUUUUGUGUAUAGUUCCAUGUGAUGGCUUUUAGUCCCAAAGUUCUAUGUUAUUUUCAACAUAUGAAUCAAAUUUCGUUCUUUCUCCUUUCCUGUCACUAAGUGAUUGUGUGUCACUGUUGGUGGAAGAUAGUGGCCAACUCUACACUAAUGAAGAACAUCUGAAUCUCAACAGUCAUUACUCUUUGUCCUCAUUUUCCACCACAUGGUGAAGUUUAAACAAACCUGCUCUUUGAUGCAUUAUUAGGUGAACAGCCAUCUACAUUUGUAUGUUAUGUAAGAUUUUCAUGUGUGCUUUUAUAAAGCAAAGAACCUAUGUACAGUUUAUACAUACCACAUGGUCUAAUAAAAUUUAUUAAAAAAAUUUUAUAAUCUAUAAUGUUUCUUUAUCCAUUCUAGUACAAUUAUUACAAUGUUAGAGUUUUAGGUGGCCUAAGGUAUUAUAAACAUGUCAAUAGGGCACACAAAGUAGAAUUGGAUACUGUAGUGUACACAGUUUAUUGUUUGAAAAAGGAAUUGUGGAAUUCAUCAGUUCCUAAUGUCGAUAUAUCACAUUCUUUUAUUUUUACUUAUCUCCCAAUUUAGUGUGAGGUGAGUUAUGGGUACAGAGACCUCAGAGAAGAGAACUAAAGGGAAGUAUUGAUAAAGUAAAUGUUGAAACGAACAAUGAAAGGCUCAGGCAAGAAGAGGAAACACCCACACACUCUACUGCACAUGAACUUCCCUCCAGGCUUUUGUCAAUACAGGUACAGUACAUGUAUCUGGCGGCUUCUACAUGAGGGUCAGGUUGGAAAAGAUUAGAAUUUUAACAUUUAUUUACUCACAUUAUUCUUUCUAUUAUGGAGUUCAGUACAUUUUUUCAGAUACAGUAUUUAUUCUGCCAAAUCAUAGUAAUAAGCACAGCAUUAAGAAACCAUAGACCAAUCAAGAUACAUCCAGGGAAAUCAUGACAUCAUCCACCCAUCAACUGAGGGGGUUGGUUACCAUCCUUGUCUCAUGAAAGAUGUAUAUACAGCGGCAGCAAAUUUUCCCCAUUUCCUCCCUCCUGUAAUUCACUUUGGCCCUGAGUGGAAUAAAGAGCGUUGUCUGCCAGCUGAUGACGUCAACAAAGUGAGGAGUGACUAAGUGGACUAUACUGAUCAAGAGGUAACCCACUUAAUGUUUAUCAAGACCUAACCUGACCCUAACUAACCUAAUUUUCUAACUUCAUCACAGACCUAUUUAACUUAACAUGACGUAACAUAAUGGAAAUUAAUUACUGUAUAUAACUUUCUAACUUCAGCUUGACCUACCAUAAUUUACCUUAAAGCUUUCUCAAAAACCCAUUACCUAAAGCUUUCUCAAAAACUCAUUACCUAAAGCUUUCAAAAAAACCCAUUACCUGAAGCUAUCUUAAAAACCCAUUACCUAAAGCUUUCUCAAAACCCCAUUACCUAAAGCUUUCUCAAAAACCCAUUACCUGAAGCUAUCUUAAAAACCCAUUACCUAAAGCUUUCUCAAAAACCCAUUACCUGAAGCUAUCUUAAAAACCCAUUACCUAAAGCUUUCUCAAAAACCCAUUACCUAAAGCUAUCUCAAAAACCCAUUACCUAAAGCUUUCUCGAAAACCCAUUACCUAAAGCUUUCUCAAAAACCCAUUACCUAAAGCUAUCUCAAAAACCCAUUACCUGAAGCUAUCUUAAAAACCCAUUACCUAAAGCUUUCUAAAAAACCCAUUACCUGAAGCUAUCUCAAAAACCCAUUACCUAAAGCUAUCUCAAAAACCCAUUACCUAAAGCUUUCUCAAAAACCCAUUACCUAAAGCUAUCUCAAAAACCCAUUACCUGAAGCUAUCUUAAAAACCCAUUACCUAAAGCUUUCUCAAAAACCCAUUACCUGAAGCUAUCUCAAAAACCCAUUACCUAAAGCUAUCUCAAAAACCCAUUACCUAAAGCUUUCUCGAAAACCCAUUACCUAAAGCUUUCUCAAAACCCCAUUACCUAAAGCUAUCUCAAAAACCCAUUGCCUAAAGCUUUCUCAAAACCCCAUUACCUAAAGCUAUCUUAAAAACCCAUUACCUAAAGCUAUCUUAAAAACCCAUUACCUAAAGCUAUCUCAAAAAUCCAGUCCCUAAAGCUUUCUCAAAACCCAUUACCUAAAGCUUUCUCAAAAUUCAUUAACAAAAACUUUCUCAAAGACUAUUACCUAAAGGUGUAUAAAAAUCCCAUAAUUAAAGCUUUCUGAAAACCCUAUUAUGUAAAGAAUUAAAAACACAUUACUUUAUGACAUAGGGGUUACUGGAGGGCCUAAGAAGUUAUUAAUAGAUACAGGGACUACAUGACCCACCACUAACGCCACCUGUUGAGUCGUGUGUGAGUUGCUCGGUGGGGAGUGACAGUCCCGCACAUAUAAGGCGAUGUCCUCCCCAGCUUUUGCGUUAGUUUCUCCCAAGACACGUUCGGAGAUACAUUGCCAGCGCCUCCGCCACUUCUCACUACUACCCUUCAGCUAUAUACUUAAGUGAUCAUGGCGAGGGCAGCUCCUCUGGUGGUGGUAGUUGUGCUGGCUCUAACGUUGGCGGCUCCAGCUCAGGCUGCAGUAUUGCCAGGAGGGUCGCAGGUGAUGGUGGAACCCGGGACAGAGUACCUACACGACCUUAACUCAGACCUGGUCACCCUCCUACGACAGAACCUGCCAGAGAUGCGCGACAUCCGCAUUGUUGAUGGCCCCAACGGUCCCCGUCUUGACAUGCCACUGAGUGGGUGUCGCGACUCCUUGGACUGUCACCACCGUUUCACUAAUUAUCUGGGCUUGUUGGUACGCAUGAUGGAGACUGGCAAGAGGAGGAAGUAAAGCACCAACCAUUACAGCCACGCUGGGGCUGAGGGAUAAAGAGAUGAGAGCGAGAAAACAGGAUAUACAUAAGAUCAUUCAAGUCAAAAUAACCCUGGGAACGACGUGGGGACACACUACACCAAUAACGAAAGUUUGUUUAAUUUAUUCGGCCCACGUGACCAUAAAAAUGAAACACGUUUACGACAAUCAGUGAUACAAAAAUGAGUUGAAACGGAUCGUAAGUGUAAGCUUAUUGGGACUCCUGAAGCUACAACAUUCCCUAUUUAAUAUUUGUACAAGUUUUCACUACUAUCCGUGCAGUGUAUAAUCCACUUAUAGGAAAGUUAAUAUAGAACCCCAGUUUUAAGUGUUUGUCUUAAAUAGUACGUCAAUAAACUUAAUCAUGUA